AGAGAGAAAAAGAAGCGGGGCGAAAAAAAGUCGACUUACCUGUAGCCCAACUUCUGGCAACUCGCUCAGUCUAUUACCUGCUCCGACCUGAAAGUCCAGUUUCACAAGGAAAGAUCGCAGAGGAAGCAAAAUAUGUCACAGGAGACAGACAAGUAAGUGAUCGAGGCUGCGGAGAGGAUCUUUGGCGAUUCCAACUUGAAGGGAAACAUCUCUUUUUCUUCUUCUCUCUCUUCAGUAAACGUCUGGUGGUGGUGGUCCCCAACGAGAGCUCCUUCCCCGCGGUGCGUCGGGCCUACACCAGCGAGGACGAGGCAUGGCGGUCGUACCUGGAGAACCCGCUGACCGCCGCCACCAAGGCCAUGAUGAGCAUCAACGGGGACGAGGACAGCGCCAACGCCCUGGGCCUCCUCUAUGACUACUACAAGGUGCCUAAAGAAAAGAGGCUCCUGCCAGUUCCCAAAGUUGUUGAAAUGACAGAGGAGCAGGACAAGAGGUCGACGUUGCAGAGCAACCCCGGCGAGGUGGAGACGGUGGACAAUCGCGUUCAGGUCCUCAAAUCUGUCCCCGUCAACCUGUCGCUGAGCACAGAGCAGCAGGAGACCAAGCGGGAGCAGUUCAGCAGCUCCACGGGGGCCGGCGCGGUGAAGGCCGAGGUGUACACGUCCGUGUUCACGGCGCCGGGGCCGGGGCUUCACUACAGGGGGGAAGCAGAGGAGUCGGCGAGGGUGAUCUACGAACAGAGUCCGUAUGAGGUGACCACCGUCAGCCACAGCUCGUAUGGGAAAGGGGACCAGCAGAGUCCGCCUGACAGCCCGUACCAGGAGGAGAGAAAUGGGAAGUACCACACACCUUCCUCUCUGGCCACAGACGACUUCUUAUUUCAUCAGGAGAGAGUUGACAGCUUCCGGUACACGCUGGACGCCACUCGUUCGCUGCGUCAGAAGCAGGGCGAGGGCCCGAUGACCUACCUGAACAAAGGCCAGUUCUAUGCCGUGACACUCAACGAGCUCAGCGCCAACAACCGUCUCCGUCACCCCACCAGCAAAGUGCGGAGCGUGAUCAUGGUGGUGUUCAGUGAGGAUAAGAAUCGAGAUGAGCAGCUUAAAUACUGGAAGUACUGGCACUCGCGGCAGCACACGGCCAAACAGAGAGUCCUGGACAUCGCCGAUUACAAGGAGAGCUUCAACACAAUUGGAAACAUCGAAGAAAUCGCCUACAAUGCCAUCUCCUUCACCUGGGAUGUGAACGAAGAGGCCAAGAUUUUCAUCACAGUCAACUGUCUGAGUACGGACUUCUCCUCUCAGAAAGGGGUCAAGGGUCUUCCUCUGAUGAUCCAGAUCGACACGUACAGCUACAACAACCGCAGCAACAAGCCGCUGCACCGGGCGUACUCGCAGAUCAAGGUCUUCUGUGACAAGGGAGCAGAGAGGAAGAUAAGGGACGAGGAGAGAAAACUGUUCCGCAAGAAGUCAAAAGGGAAGGAUGGAGGUGUGGGUGUGAUAUCUGCGCCCAAAAAGUCCGACGCCACCUAUUUCAAGACCAUGACGGACCUGGAGUCUCAGCCCGUGCUCUUCAUCCCUGAUGUUCACUUUGGCAACCUGCAGAGGGCCGGACAGGUGUUUACCUUCAACACGGAGGAGAUUGAGAGAGAAGGGGGCGUGCUGGUGAAGAGGAUGUUCAGGCCGUCGGAUGAAGAUCUGUGUCCGUCCCCUCACAAACAGAUCAAAGAGGAGACGCACAAGAGAGUGCUGUUGUACGUGAGGAAGGAGACUGACGAGGUGUUUGACGCGCUGAUGCUGAAGUCUCCCACGCUCCGAGGCCUGAUGGAUGCUAUAUCAGAGAAAUACGGCGUGCCCACGGAGAGGAUAACCAAAGUGUAUAAGAAAAGUAAAAAAGGGAUCCUGGUGAACAUGGACGACAACAUCAUCGAGCACUACUCCAACGAAGACACCUUCAUCCUCAACAUCGAGAGCCACACGGACACCUACAAGGUCACGCUGACGGAGAUCUGACGGCCUCGUCGGCAAACCCCGGGAUGGGCGGCGGGGACGAGACAAAAAAAAGAGACGCUGUGACUGGUUGGUGGGCUGGAAUCUACGAGGCUGCUAUUGACUGGCUUGAUAAGCUGACUGACACCGGAGACAGUCGGUUCGCGUCGGUCUGAAACGCACCGGAUCCUUCUCCGGCACUGUUACACAAAGAAGCAAGUCGUAUUUUCAGUGCAGGAGGACAAUGGUGUAGAUUUUUUUUAAAAGGACAUUAUAGAGUUUCAUAUUCACUGGUUAUAUGUACGUCCUCAUUGUACUCCUCCUCUGUGUUGUAAGGUGAAACAACCAACCCAUGUCCUCCAUUUUUUUCCUAAAUGUUUUAUUGUAUAUAAGAAUUUGUAUGUUUAUUCUCAUUCUGUACAGUGUGUUUUUGCGAUUUUUGCCAAACAACACAUCAGGAGCAGCCUCACGAUGAUGUACUGUAUGUAGCCACAGCUCGAAAUAGUCGGCCCUAAGUAAAUUAGCAGCCUCUUUGCAUGCCGGCCUUUGCUUUUGUUAAAUGUAUUAUUAUUUAUUAAUGCUUUUGAUGAAAACCUUUGCAUUUCCUUGACGAGUUUUCCCGAGAAUUUCAAGUACUUUUUCAUUUCAGUGACUUUUCUCUCGAAGUCACCCUCAGACGAGAUACUCAAUGAGAUGGUAAAUGGUGUAUCUCUAUUUUCCAGCCAAGUUGUAAAGAUUUAUGUUAACUAAUAGCCAAAGUUUUUGUUUGUAGGGCUUUAAAAUGACAUUGUAAUGGGUCAAAAAAAAAGGAACGCGGUAGACAAACUCUGAGGGUUGACACAUGGCACUUGCGUCUGUCCCAUGUGCUUGGCUGUGUUGAAUAAUGAAUAAAGAUAUAAUUAAUGUCA